AUGAGCGAGUUGAAGUCUACAAACAUCCGCAGCGCGUUUGCCCUAUCUUUCUGUCUGGGCAUCCUUGAGCAGAUCAUCACAGGACCUGUUCUUGUGCUUUACCUCUACCAGAUAGCCCUUGACGUUCAGGGCCCCAGUUCAGUCAGCACCGGGCCCAAUUCGCUGGUUGGUUUCAAUCAAUGUGUUUGUGGGGUGGUGAAGCUGCUCUCUGUGGCUCCCAUCAGCUGGUUGGUUGAUCGUGACCCCACACGUCGGGUACUACCUUUGAGGGCGUCCCUUUUCUUUGGUUUGGCCACGGUGAUCAUCGGAGGAUUCUUGUUGCACACAGACCAGUUUGCUUUGGCGACGGUCCUUACCAGUUGCUGUGGGAUUUUCAUCGAGCUUUGUCAGAGUGCUUCCAGAUCCAUUUUGACUGACAGUAUCCCUGAAGGCAAGAGGGAAGGAAUUUUCGUCACAAACUGGGUUUGCUACCUUAUAGGCGCAGCCAGCGGCCCAUUUCUUGCAGCAGUGGCAAUCCUUGCUUCGAGUGGGUCAAGUUCUGCAAGUCACGUGAAGCUUGCACUUGUAUGUGGCCUGGUUGCGGUGGCUCCCAUUGCCUCCAUCAUUUUCACCUUUGUUGAUCCGCUCACCAGAGAAUCCAUGGAAUGCGGGCCAAAGUUGACGAACGGAAAUGACAGGGUCAAUGUGUCGAACUUGUCAGUCAAGAGCUGCACAGGUCGCCGGGUUCCGAUUCUGUGCGUGGCUUGGUACGUUGUGACAGUUUUUGCAGGUGGUCUCAUAGUGCCUUUCUUCAUCCUUUUCUUCGAGAACAACGUUCACCUGUCGCUCAUUCAAGUCAACCUGCUUGAAGGAUGUUCUUGGUUCUUUAUCGCAAUAUGCAGCAAAGCAGGGGCAUGGAUCUCGAAACACUGUGGCCGAGCACCUGCCAUGCUUUCGAUUUUCACAUUAUGCACUGCCCUGACUUUCAUGCUUCACUUUGGAUUGCCAGCCCCGAUGCUCAUGGUAGUUUUCCUCUUCCGCCGUGGCCUGGGGAAUUGUAUCAAGCCUUUGCUCGAUUCAGUGGUGGCAGACUUCACCCCUUCAACAGAGAGAGGCAUGUGGAACGCAUUUUUGAGUAUCGGUAUUGCAGGUUGGUCUGGUUCAGCCUUGCUUGGUGGGAUCCUGGCAGACCAACAUGGCUACACCUUCGUCAUUUUCAUCACGUCGGUGGUCUACGCUGGAUCUCUUCUUUUAUUGAUGGCCUUGGUCGGUUUGGUCAGUGAUCAAACUGACAAGUGCCCAACAGAUCCAGUUGAAGCCGCGAGUGAGGAUUCGGAACCUUCUGAUGCCGAAGGCUCAGAAGAGGUCCAGGUGCAAGCGGAAGUCAAGUGGGAAGCUUGGUGCCGAAUCGCGGUUUUCAAAGUCAAGCCGCCGCAAGAGUUUCGGCCGGUUUCGGACGACAUGGAGUCGACUACAGCAUCGAUGACACCGAUGACGGCUGCCUGGAUGUCGAAGGAAAUGAUGUCAGAAGACAGCGAAGUUUUGGUGGCCGUGUCUCGACUUGCUGCACGAGUUCUCUUUGAACCAACGCCCAAGACCACUGAAGGCGUUGCUGCGAUGGUGGAGGUCUUGAAGCCCAAGCUGCAUCAGCUCUUUGGGAGUCAGAGUUCCAGUGGACUUCUCCUGCUUUGGGAUGAACAGUUUCAGUUAGCUGCGAUGGCAGGCGUUGUUGUGGAGAAGUUGCCGGGAUUCCAGGAUGAGGUGCCGCGGAUUUGCUACUUGGUCGUUGAUCCUGAUCUCCAUGGCCAAGGCUUCGGCUCAAUGCUGGUGCGCCGCUGCGAGGAUUGGGCGGCAGCCCGUGGUCACAGAGCGAUUUGGCUGUUCCACUACAGUCACAAGGCGCGCUUGCACCACUGGUAUUCCAAGAUGGGCUAUCAAACCGUGACGCACCGCACUGCAACGGUGCCGGUACCAGGCCAGGGCGAGAUGGAAGGACCAGUUCUUGUGCUUUACCUCUACCAGAUAGCCCUUGACGUUCAGGGCCCCAGUUCAGUCAGCACCGGGCCCAAUUCGCUGGUUGGUUUCAAUCAAGGUGUUUGUGGGGUGGUGAAGCUGCUCUCUGUGGCUCCCAUCGGUUGGUUGGUUGAUCGUGACCCCACACGUCGGGUACGACCUUUGAGGGCGUCCCUUUUCUUUGGUUUGGCCACGGUGAUCAUCGGAGGAUUCUUGUUGCACACAGACCAGUUUGCUUUGGCGACGGUCCUUACCAGUUGCUGCGGGAUUUUCAUCGAGCUUUGUAAAAGUGCUUCCAGAUCCAUUUUGACUGACAGUAUCCCUGAAGGCAAGAGGGAAGGAAUUUUCGUCACGCAGUGGGUUUGCUACCUUCUAGGCGCAGCCAGCGGCCCAUUUCUUGCAGCAGUGGCAAUCCUUGCUUCGAGUGGGUCAAGUUCUGCAAGUCACGUGAAGCUUGCACUUGUAUGUGGCCUGGUUGCGGUGGCUCCCAUUGCCUCCAUCAUUUUCACCUUUGUUGAUCCGCUCACUAGAGAAUCCAUGGAAUGCGGGCCAAAGUUGACGAAAGGAAAUGACAGGAUCAAUGUGUCGAACUUGUCACUCAAAAACUGCACAGGUCGCUGGGUUCCGAUUCUGUGCGUGGCUUUCUCCGGUGUGACAGUUUUUGCAGGUGGUCUCAUAGUGCCUUUCUUCGUCCUUUUCUUCGAGAACGACGUUCACCUGUCGCUCAUUCAAGUCAACCUGCUUGAAGGAUGUUCUUGGUUCUUUAUCGCAAUAUGCAGCAAAGCAGGGGCAUGGAUCUCGAAACACUGUGGCCGAGCACCUACCAUGCUUUCGAUUUUCACAUUAUGCACUGCCCUGACUUUCAUGCUUUGCUUUGGAUUGCCAGCCCCGAUGCUCAUGAUAGUUUUCCUCUUCCGCCGUGGCCUGGGGAAUUGUAUCAAGCCUUUGCUCGAUUCAGUGGUGGCAGACUUCACCCCUUCAACAGAGAGAGGCAUGUGGAACGCAUUUUUGAGUAUCGGUAUUGCAGGUUGGUCUGGUUCAGCCUUGCUUGGUGGGAUCCUGGCAGACCAACAUGGCUACACCUUCGUCAUUUUCAUCACGUCGGUGGCCUACGCUGGAUCUCUUCUUUUAUUGAUAGCCUUGGUCGGUUUGGUCAGUGAUCAAACUGACAAGUGCCCAACAGAUCCAGUUGAAGCCGCAAGUGAGGAUUCGGAACCUGCUGAUGCCGAAGGCUCAGAAGAGGUCCAGGUGCAAGCGGAAGUCAAGUGGGAAGCUUGGUGCCGAAUCGCAGUUUUCAAAGUCAAGCCGCCGCAAGAGUUUCGGCCGGUUUCGGACGACAUGGAGUCGACUACAGCAUCGAUGACACCGAUGACGGCUGCCUGGAUGUCGAAGGAAAUGAUGUCAGAAGACAGCGAAGUUUUGGUGGCCGUGUCUCGACUUGCUGCACGAGUUCUCUUUGAACCAACGCCCAAGACCACUGAAGGCGUUGCUGCGAUGGUGGAGGUCUUGAAGCCCAAGCUGCAUCAGCUCUUUGGGAGUCAGAGUUCCAGUGGACUUCUCCUGCUUUGGGAUGAACAGUUUCAGUUAGCUGCGAUGGCAGGCGUUGUUGUGGAGAAGUUGCCGGGAUUCCAGGAUGAGGUGCCGCGGAUUUGCUACUUGGUCGUUGAUCCUGAUCUCCAUGGCCAAGGCUUCGGCUCAAUGCUGGUGCGCCGCUGCGAGGAUUGGGCGGCAGCCCGUGGUCACAGAGCGAUUUGGCUGUUCCACUACAGUCACAAGGCGCGCUUGCACCACUGGUAUUCCAAGAUGGGCUAUCAAACCGUGACGCACCGCACUGCAACGGUGCCGGUACCAGGCCAGGGCGAGAUGGAAGGCACAGUGCAGAUGAUUGAACGGGAUGUCACUUUGAAGAGGAAACCUCUUUGAGACAACUUUCUUGUGCAUUUUUUGUGCGUUUGAUGGAGAUCAUUCUGAGACAUCAUUCGGAUUCGUUCAUUUUAACGUUUAGAGCACUACCGAAGGGAUUGUAUCGACUAUUUUGGACAGUCUUAGCUGACGAGGAUUUUGGCUAGCUGUCAAGCUGUACAGACAUACAGGAACCAAUUGACUUUUGGACCCUUCUUUGUGCGACUGCAUGGACAGCCUCUGCUGUGACCAUUGGCAAGCUGUUGUGAUCGUGGGUUGUUUAGUCUUGGCACCCUUGCCUGCCCCACUGCCGUGUACUCCUGCCCUCACGCAGGAC